AUGGCGGCCGUCCCUGCUGCGGAGACCCUCGACGGGCACAAGGACAGGUUUGAUCUCGGGGUCUUCGUAGGCGACCUCGCCCUCGACGAGGAAGUCACCAGUGUGCGCUGCUUCAUCGUUGUCAGUGACGACGAGUCCCUGGAGGGGCUGCAGCAGGAGCUUGACAACUGCAAGAAUGAUCAGGAAGUCGCAAACAUUCUGGCCAAUGGCAUUAAACUGCGUGAAUACACAAAAGGCGUCGAGAAUAACAUACGCCAAAUCGAGCUGGAUUCUAUACAGGAUUACAUCAAGGAAAGUGAAAAUCUAGUUUCUCUGCAUGAUCAAAUUCACGAUUGUGACAAUAUUUUGUCACAAAUGGAAACGGUUCUGACUGGAUUCCAGACAGAAAUUGGUUCCAUAAGUUCGGAGAUAAAGGUCCUUCAGGAGAAAUCUAUGGACAUGGGAUUAAAGCUGAAAAAUCGUAAGGCCAUCCAAACAGCGGCAUUUGGUGCUAUCCAAUGCCAAUGCCAAUUCCUAAGCCCCAAUGUCUACAUCCAAAUGCAGCCUAAUAGACUUAUGAAAAUAUUCUAUUCAACAACCAUGCAGGUCAAUGAUGAAUAUAUGAAAACACUUGAGACUCUAAGCAAAAAAAUCAAAUUCAUUGAUGCUGAUCCCAUGGUUAAAUCGUCCAAGGCUCUAAAAGAUGUUCAGCCUGAGGUUGAGAGACUACGACAGAAAGCUGUCUCAAAGGUGCUAAGUGCACAUUUUCGGGCUUACAUACAAGCAUUGGAGAAACUACAGAUGGACAUAGCAACUUCCACCGACUUGCUUGGUGUUGAAACCAGAAGCACCGGCUUCAUUUUCUCCAUUGGAAAAGAACCUCUGAAAACCCGUCCUUCAGUGUUUGCUCUGGGUGAACAAAUAAACAUUUUAAAGGAAAUCGAUCAGCCAGCAUUGAUACCUCAUAUAGCUGAAGCGAAGUCACAUAAAUACUCAUAUGAAGUUCUUUUCAGAAGCUUGCAGAAACUUCUUAUUGAUACUGCCACUUCAGAAUACCUGUUUACUGAUGAUUUCUUUGGCGAAGAAUCCAUAUUCCAUGAUAUAUUUGCAGGACCGAUUCAAGUUGUAGAUGAACAUUUCAAUGCUGUACUCCUGAACUGUUAUGAUGCAAUUGGCAUAAUGCUUAUGAUCAGAAUAAUUUAUCAGCACCAGCUCAUCAUGUUUAAGCGGCGAAUCCCAUGUUUGGACUUUUACCUAGACAAGGUAGAAAUUCUCGGCCUGAUUUUAAAUGGCAACCUUUUCUGUUAUAGUAACUUCCCAGAAGCUGGAACUGAGGGUGGGAAGGCACAACAACACUUCGAGGAGGUUCUUAAGAGCAACAUCGCAAUAUAUGUGGAAGAGUUGCUCCUGGAGCAGUUCAGUGGUUUGAUCAAAUUCGUCAAAUCUCGUCCAGAUCUUGAGGGCGACGCUCGCAGGCUCACCGAGUGUGUCAAGAGGAUCAACGGCGGCUCUGCCCUCAACAAGGACCUGGUGUCCAUAUCCUCCAUCCUGUUCGAAAUCAAGAAGUAUUCCAGGACGUUUUAG